CAAGGGCGAGAUGUGGUGGGCUGCCGCCGGUGUUUGAACGGUGUUAGAUAGAGCGAAGCGCGGAUCUUAGGCAGUGGAGCUGUGCAUGCUUAUUACUCACGGACGCCGUUAGUGAUUCGGGGGCACGAUUCAUUGAAACUUCAGUUGCACUCCCCCGCACGACGAUUCCAAGAAGACACGAUAAAAAAAUUAAUUGAAUAGGAGAAGUAAGCUUCAGGGUAAGCAGAUAAACACGAGCUUGUUAUGGCGUCAAGUAACUUCCGUAUAGAGUCACCGGAUAAUAACAUUAUUUCACGUGCCGUCCGCGGGGAGACUCAUUAGGGAGCGUCUCCUGCUGCCUUACACUACGACCUCCACCAUGGCCUCGACACCCUCAGGCUUGACGUUGCCAGUGCUUGCUUUGCCACAUCCUUUGAUCCUUCUGCCGACAGGACGGAUAACGCUCCCGGUCUCCAAGGCCGUCGGCGAAUCGUUGCUCGCGCUCGUUCGCGGGUCUGACGAGCAGCCUCUGGUUGCUGCGGUCCCGCAGACCGCCUCGCCAGAGACCGCGCUCUUCCCAUGGGGCACAGCGUCGCGCAUCGUGCGCCUCAUCCGGCCUGCGACAGGCAACCUCAAGCAGCACUACCUUCUUUCGCUCAACGGAAUGGCGCGCGUGCGCGUGCUGGACUGUAACCCCGACCUGCCCGUCGUUAACACCGACAUCACAUACCGCAAAGUCGAGUACCCGAGCGCCAGCGACGGCGGUACGCCGUCGUCGGAGUCGGUAGUCAAGUUCAAAGCGGCGGCGCUGAAGCUUUUGGACCAGCUCGCGAAGGACACGACCCAGCAGGUGAAACGUGACUCGUACACGAAGGUCGCAGGCAUGGUCGAGGAGGUGGAACCUGUGCGCUCUGCUUGGAUGGCAGAUGUAAUGGUGUCGAGCAUCAACGCGGAGUAUGCUGACAAGCUAGAAUUCCUCUCUGCGGCCAACUCGGACGACCGCCUGCGCCGCGCGACCUCCAUCUUUAUAAAACAGUCCUCCAUUUCCGAAGUCUCGAAGCGCAUUGCGCAGUCCAUCGACGAGUCGCUCUCGAAACAGCAGAAAGAGUUUUUCCUCCGUCAACAACUCGCUGCUAUCACCCGCGAGCUCGCUAACCUUCGCCGCCAGUCCUCUUCACCCUUAGACCCUUCUUCCCGGAUGCCCGACGACAACGUCCCUCACUCCGGCUCCGAGCUCGAUGACGAUGGUCAGCAGGAGUACGAAGAGAUGGCCGACGUCAAGGCAAAGAUUGAAGCCAUGGCCAAAGACAGCGAAGAACGCAAGACGGCCGUCCGUGAGUGGAAGCGUUUGAAGCGCAUUCCCCAAGGAAGCGUCGAGCACGGUGUCAUCCGAAAUUACCUUGAAUGGUUGGUUUCCGUCCCCUGGCCGAGUUCGUCGACGGCAUACGCUGCCACGUCAACGGAGACCCUUCGUGAUCGCGCUUUUCUGAGAAAGGCUCGUGACCAACUCGACUCAGACCACUUCGGUCUCGAGAAGAUUAAGAAGCGGCUUAUCGAAUACCUCGCUGUCGUCCGGCUGAAGGCACUCCAGGCAGAGCUCGAAGCAAAGCAGCUCGAGGAAGCGCAAAAGGCCCAGCAAGCCGCUGUCGUACAGAAGGACAAUAAGUCCGAUAAGCCUGUGGCCGACGCGGCCCUUUCGGCUAGCACGGUCAAGAAGCCUGCACGGAAACUUGUCAAGGGGCCUAUACUGCUGUUCGUGGGACCGCCAGGGACGGGUAAGACAUCGCUUGGUCAAUCUAUCGCCAAGGCACUCGAUCGGCCCUUCCAGCGCAUUGCGCUUGGUGGUGUCCGUGAUGAGGCUGAGAUCAGAGGGCACCGGCGCACGUAUGUCGCCAGUGGCCCCGGCAUGAUCGUUCAGGCUUUGCGCAAGGCUGGUCGACCAGAUCCUGUUAUUCUCUUGGAUGAGAUUGAUAAGGUCGGUCAGAGCAACUUCCAUGGUGACCCUGCUGCCGCCUUGCUUGAGGUCCUUGACCCCGAGCAGAACCACACCUUCAAUGACCACUACAUCAACGUGCCGAUCGACCUCAGUCAAGUGCUCUUCAUCUGCACCUCCAAUACCCUCGACACCAUCUCCGCUCCCCUUCUCGACCGCUGUGAGAUUGUGCAGCUGUCGGGAUAUACGUAUAAUGAGAAGACGCACAUCGCGCGCAAGUAUCUACUCCCGAAACAGCUGCAGGCGAACGGUCUGGCACCAGAACACGUUAUCUUGCCUGAUAACACGCUCAUACACAUCGCGACGCGCUAUACGCGCGAGGCCGGCGUUCGUUCGCUGGAGCGCACGAUCGGCGCCGUCGUGCGGUAUAAGGCCGUCGAGUGGGCCGGGCACGUCGACAACGAGGCGGGCGUCGGGAAAGAGUACAAAGACGUUGUCGAGGAGGACGAGCUCGAGACGAUCCUUGGUGUCCCGCGCUGGGAUGCCGACGAGUGCGAACGUGAGGAGCGGAGAGGCGUCGUCUACGGCCUCGUCGUCACCGGUAUGGGCGAGGGCGGGAUCUUGCCCGUAGAGACCAUUGCCGUCCCGGGAGAUGGCAAGCUCAAGCUUACGGGCAGCCUGGGUGAGGUCAUCAAGGAGAGCGGAGAGCUGGCGCUCAGCUGGGUGAAGACGAACGCGUACAAUCUGUGCAUCAUCAACUCUCGGGGACAGGACCCGCUCAAGGUGCCAAAUAGCUUCGACAUCCACUUGCACUUGCCUCAGGGAGCGGUGAAGAAGGAUGGCCCAUCGGCUGGCGUUGCCAUGACGUGCGCCUUCGUCUCGCUACUCACGGGAGCCUGUGUCCCGCCCAACAUCGCUAUGACGGGCGAGAUCACGCUCCGGGGCCGCGUCGGCGCGGUCGGCGGGAUCAAGGAGAAGGUGCUCGGCGCACUGCGGGCAGAGAUGACGAAGGUCAUCCUGCCGUACGCGAACCGGAAGGAUGUCGAGCAUGACGUGCCGCCCGAGGUCCGUGGCGCAAUGGAGUUCGUGUUCGUGCGCACGAUCGAGGAGGCUCUUGAUGCCGCGUUCGGUAAGGGUGCGCUCGGCUGGCGGCCGCAGAACGUCCUCCUUGAGAGCCGACUGUAGGGGCCUCCAUUCUAUCGCACUGCUUUGUUCGUCGUUUGCUAUGCUGCUUUCUUGGACCCUUUGGAUACUAGUAGCCCGACGUGGUGAUUUCGUUCCUCAACCUUCUCUUUCAUCGCUGUAUUCCCCCUCAUCACGUAUUCCUGCCCAAUGAUAUCGACACAUGUUGUACUAGUGUCAAUUCCCUGCGCGCAGCCGCAUAAGCGCAAUCUUUCUGUGGACGUAUGCUCAAACCUAAGCAUCUCGCUGGCGGUGGGCCAACGGAUCACUCGAUCGGUGGAGCGGCAACCUACGGAACCAAAAAGCAAGUUUGGCUUGCCAGCAAAUUGAAGC